AUGACAAGAAAUAUGAAAUGUUUGGACGGCUGGAUCACAUUUAAAGAUUCGUGUUAUUUGUUUGACACAAAAACCCUCGAUUUUCAAUCAGCUGAGAAGGAAUGUGGCAAAUGGGAUGCUCAUGUAGUACGUUUAGAGACACAAGAAGAAAAUUCAUUUCUGAAAUCAUUGAUGGCCAAUUAUUUCAAAGAAGCACAUUACUGGAUUGGUAUGACAGACAUAGAAACAGAAGGAUUGUGGAAGAUAUCAGGUACAAACAAUAUUGUACCAUUCACUGACUGGAAAGGCACUGAACCCCAAAACCACGGCGGAAAUGAAGAUUGUGCUUUAUUUUAUAGCCCCCUUUCCUACAGUUGGGCAGAUGCGUCUUGUUCCGAGACGAAAUCUCGGGCAAUUUGUGAGAAAGAGGUGAAAUGA